AUGGAUGGCCAUCGUGUGACCAUAGCGUACGCAUCUGUUCGCUCCAACUUGCUCAACCUACCCUCAAGCUUGUCCAAUCUUCUUUUCAAUGCAAAUAUAAAUAUUCAAGAUGUCAUCAUUGAAAUAGUUUCGAGUUCCAAAAAACGUUAUUAUGCUGGGUGGUCAGGAAUGUCGUCUUCAAAUGUCAAGGUGGUCGAAAUAGACACUGUUUUUGCUCAAUCGUUGGGAUUGAACGAAAAUGAAUCGGUGACUUUGAACAUCAAAAUCAACAACUACGAAACCUCCCAAAUCUUUUUGGAGCCUCUAACCUCAUCAGAUUGGGAGUUGGUGGAGCUACACGCCCAGAUCUUGGAAGACAAGUUAUUGUCGCAAACCCGGUGUGUUUCAGUGGACCAGAUACUUGUGGUUUAUCCGAGUCAAACUUCAUCAGCAAAAUUGAUUGUCACUGAUAUUGGAUCCAAGGACCACAAAUAUGCCAAAAUCUCUCCCAUGUGCGAAGUGGCUAUAGCGCCCAAGCUCAAACCCAAAAAAACUGCUUCAACGAAGUCUUCAAAGUCGGCGAAAAAUAUAUCGUCUGAACCAUACGCUAACGUUCCCAGUAUACUCAAGCGUGGGAUUCCGCUCCCACAUCCACUAUUCGCCAGUGAAUCAAUCCCCACCGACGGCUCUGCGGCAUAUGAAGUCUACGUCAACUUUAACGAAGUUGUAAGCACAUUGAAACGCACCGACUAUGUUGCCGUAUCUUUGGUUCCAGGACCCAACGAUAAGCUGAACGCCAUGGAAACCACUACACAGGAGGGUGGGAGCGACCCAACAAACCCAGACAAAGAUUUCAGUUCUCUUAAAGAAAACAAGCGAAUUAUUGCCAAGCUUGUUAGUUACCCACAAACCCCACAAAACUCCAUUGGAUUAUCGAGAAAUUUGGCAGUGGCUCUCAAUGUCGAAGACCAAAUAGGAUCCAUUAUUGCAUUGAAACCAGCAGCACUGCCUCUUCAAAAACGUCCCACAACGGUGGUUGUUCACCCAUAUAUUACCCAGACAAAACUGGGCUCUAUGAACUUGAAUUCAAGUGAAAAGAAGACAAAAACAGCAGAACUUGCCAACUCAAUCACAGAGAUGCUUGCUGGGCAAUCUUUCUUCAACUCUCCUGUGACAAACUACGUGAAAGUGCCUAUAAACCACCUGUUGCUUCCUCACGGCGCUCUUCUCAAGUUCAAGAAAAAUGAUGAAUUUUCCGCCUGGAUUCGGCCCUCUGCAAGUGGGAAGAGCCCUAAAAUAGAAAUGGGCCAAGAACUUCUCAGAAACAUUUCUUUUAUCGAGACUCCUCUAGAACCUGAAAAGCUAGAAGAGGCCCUUGGAAUUCAAGACACCAUCGACGACACAGUCGAGUCUAUUUUGACAUCGAGAAAUACCGGUACUUUGGUCUAUGGAAACUCCGGUGCUGGAAAAAGUCUUGUUCUCCGCUUGAUAGCCAAGGCAGUAGCUGCUGAAGGAUCAUUCCAUACCAAGUUCAUUUCUUGCGAAUCGAUAAUGAAUGAAAACUUUAGUCAAUUACUGGCCAACCACAUCUCAAAAUGGGUUCAGGAGUGUUCAUGGCACAAGCCGUCGUUACUCAUUUUGGAUAACAUCGACAAAAUUCUUACAGCGGAAGCAGAGCACACAGAUUCCACCAACUCAAAGCAACUCACCGAGUACUUGCUUAUGCAAUUGCAGCGGAUUCAUGGUCAAAAGCAUAGCAACUUGUCCAUAAUUGUUUCUGCAACAUCAAAAGAAUCGUUGAACAAGCUUCUUUUCCUGUCCCAUUUGAUCGAAAAUUACGUCCAUUUAAAGGCUCCAGACAAGUCAACGAGAACAGUUAUACUCACCAAGUAUAUCAAAGAGAAGCUCGGAUGCCAUAUUGACUUUGAUAUCAUGGAUAUUGUUUCUGAAACCGAAGGAUACCUCCCCAACGACCUCAAGAUUUUGAGCGACAGGCUCUAUCAUGAAGCAUUAUUUGCGUCAGCAUCCAGCAAAGAAGAAGCCCUUCACAUCUCUAAAGACAACUUUGAAACCGCCCUCAAAGGAUAUACUCCUUCCAACUUGAGAGGUGUGAAAUUACAGAAAUCGUCGGUCAAUUGGUCAGAUAUUGGAGGACUUCAAGAAGCUAAAAAUGUGCUUUUGGAGACUUUGGAAUGGCCCACAAAGUACGCACCAAUCUUUGCAAACUGUCCCUUGAGACUCAGGUCGGGUAUUUUACUUUAUGGGUAUCCUGGAUGUGGAAAGACAUUAUUAGCCAGUGCGGUAGCUGGUCAAUGUGGUUUGAACUUUAUCUCCAUCAAAGGUCCUGAAAUCUUGAACAAAUACAUUGGAGCGUCUGAGCAGUCUGUUCGUGAGCUCUUUGAGCGGGCUCAAUCGGCAAAGCCAUGUAUUUUGUUCUUUGAUGAAUUCGACUCCAUAGCACCCAAAAGAGGACAUGACUCCACCGGUGUCACCGACCGUGUUGUCAAUCAAAUGUUAACUCAAAUGGAUGGUGCUGAGGGCUUAGAUGGGGUAUAUGUCUUGGCAGCAACAAGUAGGCCAGACUUGAUCGAUUCUGCCUUGUUGAGACCAGGAAGAUUGGACAAAAGUGUCAUCUGUAAUAUGCCAGACUACGAAGACAGACUAGACAUUCUCAGAAGUAUCACGGCUAAGAUGGACUUGGCGGAAGAUGUUUCUUUGGAAGAAAUAGCCGAACAAACUGGAGGCUUCAGUGGAGCGGAUAUGCAAGGAUUAGGAUAUAAUGCUUAUUUGAAAGGUGUGCACGAGAAAUUGGCAGCUGACGAGUCCAAGGCUCUCAAGGGACAAAGUUCAUCGAAAUCCAAAACGACUUAUGAUUUCAUUCAGCUCACAUCUUCGAAACUCAAGAGCAACACUCUUCGCCCCAGUGAGAGAGUUCAGCUUUUGUCGCAGAUUGAACUGCUAUACACUGAAGAAGAGACAAAAAGAUCCACCAGUGAAAAAUCUAAAACAUCCCUGAAGGUCCUUAUUACUCAUGCCGACUUUGUUGCUUCUCUCAAAGAAACCAAACCGUCGAUCUCGGUCCAAGAAAAGCGCAAGUUGGACAAUGUGUAUCGUCAAUUUUUGAACGAUCGUGACGGAAACAUGCCCGACGGAACUGCGAGCAGCGAGAUCGGUGGUCGUACGUCGUUGAUGUAA